AUGGCGCCCCGAGGCGAGCCCGGCCCGACGCCGGACUCGCCGCGAGCGCGGGCGCCGGGCGAUGCGCGCGGGGGAACGACCGACCCCGCGUCCCGAGCCCCCGCGACCGGGGACGGCACCGAGGCGUCCAAGCUCUGGUACGAAAAACUCUGGGAGGAGCACCAGAGGAACACCGACGCCACCGUGAAGUUCUUCGAGGAGGAGCACAAGAAGAACGUGCAGAAAUUCGAGGCGGCGAUCGAGGACAUCAAGAAGACUGCGGAGGAGGCCGUGGACGGGCUCCAGUCGCAGUUCGAGGGACGCAAGAGCCUGAAGAAGCUGCGAGAGGAGCGGGAUGCCGCGUUGAAGUCCAUGAGGAACGCUCAGACCAAGCUCGUGGCCGCCUCCAGGGAGGUGCAGGCCGCGGAGACCGCGCUGAAGGACGCGGGCGGUCCGAAACGCGCGCCCCAAGAUGCGGUCAAGCGGUGCACGCUCGCCAGGUCCUCCCUGCUCCUCGCGCGCUCCGAGUUUGGCGCCGCGCGUGCCGCCAAGGACGCCGCGGAGACGGCGGUGACCCAAGCGGAGGUCCAACUCGCCAAGCAGCUCAAGGAGCGAAACGUCAUGAACCUCCUGUUCAAGCGCAAGCUCACGCCGGAGGAGGAGGAGGAGCAGCGAUUGCAACUCGAGGAGACGCGACGCAUCUCCGCCGCGCUCGCCAUCCAGCGAAACUACCGCGCCCGGCUGGAGGUCAAACGGCAAAACGCGAAGAAGGCGGAGCGACGUAAGCGCGCGGCACUCGCGGUGUUCAACGUCCUGCGCGCCGUGCUCUACGCGUUCGUCAUCUACCUGUCUCUCUCGUGGGCGAGGACGGAGGGGCGGUACGCUCUGGCGAGGAUCAAAUCCAACGUCGCCGAAGCUGCCACGAACCGAUGGGCCGUCGCGCGGGGUUCGAUCGAAUCGUUCGCGCCCCUCGCGCACGACUACGCGCGGUACGGCGUCGCGUCCGGGAUCGAGGCUGGGGAGAACGUGGUGCUCCGGAAGCGUAACCGGGAGCUGCGAGACUCGGCGGCGUCGCUCGAGUCGCAGCUGGAUUCGACUCGGAGGGCGCUGGAGACGACGCGCGGCUGUGCGGGGGACGCGGCGGGGGCGGGCCCGUCGAACGAGACAAAGGACGUCGCCGCGAGGGCGCGCGUGGCGGAGCGGCGCGCGGAUGCGCUCGGCGUGGAGGUGCACGCGCUGCGGGCGCUGGCGACGCGAUGCGGCGGCGCGAGUGGGGGCGUUCGGUCCGACGGUCCAACCGACGAAUACGAUACGUCAAACCCGAUGCGCGCGUGGCUCGACGACCCCGGCGUCGGCUUCUCCGCGCAGGUGGCUCGAGCCGCCGUGGACGCCGCGUCCGUGGCGUCGGAGGAGCGCGUGCGAUCCGCGGUACACGCGGCUCGAGCCGCGUCGGAUGAGGCGGAUGGGUUCAAAAUCGAGACGGAACUCCUCCGAUCCCUCGUCGACGACGGCUUCCUCCCUGCAGGCGGACCCGGCGGUAAAUCCGGCUGGGGCGCGGCGGGCGGAGGCACGUGCUGGGCGGAGGCUGCGGCGGCGGCCUCGAGGGCUCGCGCCGAGACGGCCAAGGACGCGGCCGAGGCGGCUAAGGCGGCGGCGGCGCGGCUGAUGGACGAAAAGCUGGCGGCGUACGCGGCGGCGAGGCGCGAGGCGGAGGCCCGCGCGGACGAGUACGCGAUCGAGCUCGAGGCGCUCAAGGCGGCGGGACCCGAGCUCGCGGGCGUCUCCUCGACGGGACCCGGGCUCGGGGCGUCUUCGUCUUUUUCGUCUUCUUCUUCCUCGACAAACGGAAACGGGGGUUUAACGUCGGGUUUAGCGACGGUUCCCCCGUUUGUGGUGGCGCAUCCCGACCCGAACGCGCGGCUGAAGAUCGUCGGAGCCGCGAAGCUCGUCGCCGCGGCGAGGGUCGCGAGCGAGCGCGUGGAGCAGGCGGCGGAGGCGCUCAGGGACGCCGAGGCUCGCGCCGAGGCGAGGAGGAUCGAGGUGGAGACGCUCGAAUUUUUGCUCGGGGGUAACGGCACCGCGGGCGGCGCGAUGGAAAGGGCGCGCGGGUACGUCGUCGGCGCGCCCAAGGCGGCGGAGGCUGCGAGGGACGCCGCCCAUGCCCUGACGCACAAGCGGCUUCGCGCGGAGGAGGAGGCCAGGGCCCAGGCGGAGACCCGAGCGGAGGUGUACCGCGUCGAGCUGGCGUCUCUUCGAGCCGUGGAGGCGGAGCGCGCCAAGGCGAACGCGCGACGAAGCCGUGGAGGCGGACCGUUCGGUACGGGCUCGGGGUCCUGCGCCUUACCCCCCGGCGUUACCCGGGACGGGGAGGUGGCGACGCUCGUCAAGGAGGUGGCGCGUCUCGAGAGGGAGCUCGAGGCGGCGAAGGCGGAUUUAGCGUCCGGGGCGUACGCUGCUCCGGUAUCCAUCGCCGACGCCGCCGCCGCGUCCACCAGGGCGGCCAACGAGGCCGCUAUAGAGGCUGAGGCUGCCUCGGCGGCGGCGUCCGACUCCCUCGCAUCCGUCGCCUCGGUUCGUUCGACGAAGAGCCUGCCUCGCAGGUUCGCCGCCUUUCUCAUCUCCGUCGUCACGGGCGAGCCCGCGGAUUUGGCGAUUCACAACGCGCUCCUCGAGCGGCGGAUCACGGCGAUGAGCCGGCGGAUGGCGUCCGCCGCGGGACCGGCGUGCGCCGCGGCGCUGAGCGACGCCAUCGACGACAGGAUCGACGCCGAACGACACGCGGCGGCGCUUCAGAACGAGCUCGACGCGGCGCAGCGGUUGACGGCGACGGUGGCGGCGGAGUCCUUCCUCGGCGGCGACGCCGCGGCGGAGGCGUUGAGGACGGCGUCGGACGCGCACCGCAUGCUGCUCGUCAAGGAACGGCACGUCGCCAAGGCGGCGCUGGAGACGUGCCGAUCGCACGCGGCUGCGGCGCAGCAGCGAGCGUUCGCGUCUGCCCUCGCCGCUCAGCACGCGUCGGAACUGUCGGAGCGGCGGGAGCGGGAGCUCGAGCUCGAGCGCGUCGAGGACCGAAAGGACCGAGCGAUCCGGCGCGCUGUGCGUGGUGUGAAGACGCGCUCCAUCGAUCCGGGCACGAUGAGCUCCGGCGAGGACGACCUCGACGAAUUGUCGGACGAAAAGUGGGACGAAUCGCCGGAGAAAAAAUCGGGAAAAUACGACGACGACUCGUCCGCGUUUUGGCCCGAGCUCCCCGCGUCGUUGGCCGCGCUCGAGUCCGCGUACGAAGCCGCCAGGGACGACGCCUUCCGGUUGGAGUCCACCGUGGAGACGCUGCGCGGGCGGGUGCGCGACGCCGAGCGGCGCGCGCGUGUCGCCCCCGGCACCGCGGACGCGUGGGGCGCUCCUCGGGUCGAGCCGUGGGGACUCUUCAACGCGGUUGCCUGCUCCGCUUUUUUCCUCACCCUGUUUGCCAACAGGCGCGUCGCGGGACUCGCCGUGGCGCACGCGCUGCUUCGCGCGCGGUGGUCGCGCGCCACCGCGCGGGCGCGCGACCUGAGGGUGCAGCUUGACGCCGCGGUGGACGCCGCGGCGGUGGCGAGGCAGCGGCUCUACCAAAACGUCAGCGACGAGAAGGCGAUCGGAACCACGGUGGAUGAGCUUCGCGCGUCCAUCCGCGCGCACGCCGCGCUCAACGACGCGAUUCGCGCCGAUAACGACGGGUUACGGAAGCAGCUCCUGGACGCGUCGGCGUUCGACUCGGAGGCGCACUACGCGUCCGUCGUGGCGGAGAGGCACACCGCCGAGCUUCUCUCGCUUCGAGCCGAGGUUGAGAAGCUCCGGGCCGCGAGGUUGGACGUUUCGGCGGAGGCGGCGAGCGGCGCGGCGGCUGGUUUCGAGGAGAUGGGCGACGAUUUAAGGGAGGGGGGCGCCGUGGCCAGUCACAGGCAAGGGGUGUUCGCGGCGAGGGACGCGGCGGAGCGCGAGGCGGCGUUGCUCCGAGAGGAGGCCAAGGCGCUCCGCGAGGCGAACGAGUCUCUGCUGGCGACGUCCGAGAAGCUUCGGCUCGAGAACCACGAGCUCCUGUCGGAGCUCAUCGAGGACGGGACGCUGACGCAGGGCCUGUCGGCGUACCAGGCUGCGAAGUUCCUGAAGCAGCAGGCGGUCGAAGCCGGCGAGCAAGCCGCCGCGGAGAGGAUCGUGAGGACCGAGCUCGCGCGAAGGUUCACGCGGCUCGUGGCCGAGGCUAAGAACGCGCGCUACUCCACGGCGUUCAUCUUCCUCGGCGCCUCCGUCGCCGUCGGCCUCGUCACCUACGCGCACCUUCGGGGCGACGCGAUGUCCGCGAUGCUCUCGCCGGCGCCCGCCCCGCUGAGGUUCAUCGCGCCGCACCUCACCGUCCUCGGCGCGCUCACCGCGGUCGCGUUUGCGCUGUGGGCGGUGGCGUACUCCAAGCCGUCCCCCGAGGCUGCCGCCGCGAUGACCCCGAUCACGCGAGUCGCCCUCGUGGACGAAGACGACGUGGAGCUGAUGGAAUCCGAUUGGACGCGGACGUCGCCGGAAGGGAAGAGGCGGGCGCGUCGGGUCGCUCCGCCGUCGACGGACGCGUCUUCGAUGGACGAGGGGAGACGCGGCGAGCGUCCUCGGCCGAGUCGCGCCGCCCCUCCCGAGGAACGAAUCACGGAGCGGCUCGACAUUCGCGAGCUUCAGGCGGCGGUCGUGGGCGCCGACGCGAUGAUCAAGCCGAGCUCGUGGGGCGCGGGACUCGCCGAGGCGGCGGCUAGGGGCUUCCGGAGCCCGGAUGAGCACCCGGAGGCUGCGGAGGAGCGGCGCGCUCGCGACGUGGAGAUCGCGCGCAUCCGCAGGGAGCUUCAACACGCCAAGCAGCACGCCGCGAGGGUGAGAAGCGGUAAGCCACCGAGUCGAGCCGGACGGGAGGCUUCGGGCGGGGAGAGCUCGGGGCGGCGGGGGGGCCCUUCGGACCAGCCCGCGCGGCUCUCCGUGUUCAAGGCGAAGGAUGUCAUCCUCACGGAGCAGGAGGAGCGGGCGCAGUUGGCCGCCGCGGAGGCGUCGGCGAGGGAAGGGUCGCUCCAAUCGCAGGUGGACAUGCUGCGCGAUAAGAACGAGCUCAUGAGCAAGGAGCUCGCGAAGCUUCGCAGGAAGGCGGAGAGGGCUGAGGAGGAGGCGGAGGCGGCUCGCGCGGAGGCGUCGCUCUAUGUGUCCACCCGAAACUCGCCGGGCGUGUCGAUGAAGACGUCCGGCCGCGCCAGCCCGUCCACGUCGCCGAACGCGGCUCCCGCGCCCGUGUCGCCGGCUGCCGUCAAGCAGGCUCUGAAGAAAAAGGGGAGGUAG